GCGAGAGUUGGUUCCAGCGGAUCACGUGACAGUCCAAGAUGGCGGUGCCCAGCGAGGCGGAGGAGGAGGCGACAGUCUAUUUAAUAGUGAGCGGUAUCCCCGCGGAUUUGCGGUCGGCCCAGCUCCGGAGCUACUUUAGCCAGUUCCGAGAACAGCGCGGCUGUGGCUUCCUGUGUUUCCACUACCGGCAUCGGCCUGAGCGGGCUCCUUCCCAGGCUGCUCCCGACUCAACCCUAACUCCUGUGGGCCAGGACCUCGCCCACACUUCGGCCACCGAUGCCCACGCUGUCUCCGCUCCGGACUCCGCUCCCGUCCAGACCCGCACCUGCUGCUGCGUCAUUUCGGUACGGGGGGCAGCUCAAGCUCAGCAGCUUCUUCGCAUGUACUCGGGCCGCAGGUGGCUGGAUUCUCAGGGGACUUGGUUGCCCGGUCGUUGUUUCAUCCGCAGACUGCGGCUACCUACUGAGGCAUCAGGUUUGGGCUCCUUUCCUUUCAAAACUCGGAAGGAGCUGCAAAGUCGGAAAGCUAAGAGUGAAGCCUUCACUCUGGCCGAUCUGAGGCAACUGCCAGAGCUGAACCCACCAGUGCUGAUGCCCAACGGGAAUGUGGGGACUCCUCUGCGGGUCUUUUUGGAGUUGAUCCGGGCCUGCCGCCUACCCCCUCGGAUCAUCACCCAGCUACAGCUCCAGUUCCCCAAGACAGGUUCUUCCCGGCGCUAUGGCAAUGUACCGUUCAAGUAUGAGGACUCAGAGACUGUGGAGCAGGAAGACCUUGUGUACACGGCUGAAGGCGAAGAAAUACCCCAAGGCACCUGCCUCGCAGACAUAGCAGCCAGCUCCCAUGGAGAGCCAGAGGAGGAAGGGGAAAAGGAGGAGGAGGAAGAGUCACACUCAGAUGAUGAUGACGACCGGGGUGAAGAGUGGGAGCGUCAUGAAGCACUGCAUGAGGAUGUGACCAGGCAGGAGCGCACCACCGAGCGGCUCUUUGAGGAAGAGAUCGAGCUCAAGUGGGAGAAGGGCGGCUCCGGCCUGGUGUUCUACACGGACGCCCAGUUCUGGCAGGAGGAAGAAGGAGACUUUGAUGAACAGACAGCCGAUGACUGGGACGUGGACAUGAGUGUGUAUUACGACACAGAUGGUGGAGACAAGGAUGCCCGAGACUCUGUCCAAAUGCGUCUGGAACGGAGACUCCGUGAUGGCCAGGAGGACAGCUCUGUGAUCAAAUGCCAAGUGGGCACCUUUGAGCGCCACACCAAGGGCAUUGGACGGAGGGUGAUGGAGCGGCAGGGCUGGGCUGAGGGCCAGGGUCUGGGCAGCCGGUGUUCAGGGGUGCCUGAGGCCCUGGAUGGCGAUGGCCAGCACCCUAGAUGCAAGCGUGGAUUGGGGUACCACGGAGAGAAGCUACAGCCAUUUGGGCAACUGAAGAGGCUCCGUGGAACUGGCUUGGGGCUCAUCUCCACCAUCUAUGAUGAGCCCCUACCUCAAGAUCAAGGGGAGUCGCUGCUCCGACGCCAGCCACCCACCAGCAUGAAGUUUCGGCCAGACGUGUCCUUUGUGAGGAGUUCCAGCUGUGCCUUGGACAGCCCCUCAGAGCCUGAGUGACAUUUCGGGGCCUUCCUCAGUAUCACUCAUAACUGCACAGUGGCAGCCCUCUGCCUUGGCCUUAUCUCCCACCACAGCCUGAAGAACUUUGGGAGCAGCAAUCUGUGCAGCUUGUUCAGGGUGCUUUAUUCUGAACUUGCCUUCUGGCUCUCUACCUCAAGGGCAUUCUCCCCAAAGCCCCCUAGCCGCCUCUUUUAAUAUUGGGGCUUAAUGACCUCUCAUUGGUUUCCCAUCCCCAGUCCAUGUUUGGGCUUGUCCAUGCUGCCUCGCCCAGUACCUUGAACAGUUGUAUUGACUGGAGUUCUCAGCACAAACUUCGUUGGGGGGGGGUCGCUAUAAAGGUCAGAAAGAGGGGGUGAUGGACCUGGAAGAGGGGAGGAUUCGUGGUGCUAGUAGGAGACGGUCUCGCGCCGGGCUCUCCGUCGCCUCCUCCCCUGACUGGCUGGGACCAGGAGCGGCAAGGCCGCGCGGGAAGUGGCCCGAGUCUGCGACCUAACGGGAGAAUAAAUAAGUUUACUACCGGAGUUCCCUUUUUAUCUUCUAAUUUGGGCCGGGGGACGGUCGGGAAAAUCCGGGUUACAGUCGCCCACCCCACCCCAGUGACGCGC